AUGUCCCUCCUUCUCACCUACCGUAAUCCGGAAGAUGUUCUUAGGAAAUUGUUGAGAACCGGAAGAAUAAUAAUCGAGAAAAAUUUGGGAAUUUUUGGAUUUCUGGUGGUGAAUUUGUGAGUUCUGGGGUUAAUUUUGGGUCAAAAUUAUCGAUUUUUGGCUCAAAAUUCAUCAAAAAUCUCGAAUUUCUGGUCAAAAUCCACCCAAAAUUCACCAAAUUUCCAGAUCCUCUCAAAUCGCUCGCUUCAUCAUUCAAACUUCCAGCAAAUCCUCGAAAAAACAUCCACUUCGUACACCGUAUAUCAUAGAAAUCGCGUCGGAACGAGAUUCCGUGAUUCCGCUGCCUUUCGAAAAUCCGGCGGAGAAUUUCGAGAAUUCCGCGCGGAAAAAACGACGGAUUUGUGGAAUUUCGCAUUUAUUGGGAGACGAGGAGACUUAUUGUUGUCAGGUUAGCGAGAAAAAGUGUGCGGCAAAAUUGCAGAAAGGGGCGGAGCCUAAUUUAUGUGACCACUCGGGUUCGAGCCACACCCGAGGCAAACUUUUUUUUUUGAAAAAAACAUUUUUUUUUAUUAAUUUUUCACGCUGAAAACGAUGGGAUUGCUCAUUUUAACUGAAAUUCUCAUUUUCAGCACAAAAUUUCAGCCUAGAAAUUUGAAUUCUAGAAAUUUUUUGAAAACAUUUAAUUUCAGCUCAGAAAAACAUUUAAUUUCAGCUUGACUUCUAGAUCAGAAUUUUGUGCUGAAAAUCGUGGAAAUCUUGAAUUUUCAGCAUAUUUAUGAUUUUGAGCUCGAAAUGUUGAUCUAGAAAUAUUGAUUUUUGAGUCAGAAGGGGUCUGAAUCGAGUCCUCAUACCCCCUAACAUUUUUUUUUUGAAAAAAACAUUUUUCAAAAAAAUUUUCACGCUGAAAACGGUGAAAUUGCUCAUUUUAACUGAAAUUCUCAUUUUCAGCACGAAAUUUCAGCCUAGAACCUUGAAUUCUAGAAAUUUUUGAAAAAAUUUAAUUUCAGCUCAAAAAUUGACUUCUAGAUCAGAAUUUUGUGCUGAAAAUCGUGGAAAUCUUGAAUUUUCAGCAUUUUUAUGAUUUUCAGCACAAAAUUAUGAUCUAGAAAUAUUGAUUUUUCGGCUCAGAAGGGGUCUGGAUCGAGUCUUCAUACCUCCUAACAUUUUUUUUCGAAUUUUUUUGAAAAAUUCAUUCCCAAUCAAUUUUUCACGCUGAAAACGAUGGGAUUGCUCAUUUUAACUAAAAUUCUUAUUUUCAGCACAAAAUUUCAGCCUAGAAACUUGAAUUCUAGAAAUUUAUGGAAAAAUUUAAUUUCAGCUUUAAAAAUAUGCUUCUAGAUCAGAAUUUUGUGCUGAAAAUCGUGGAAAUCUUGAAUUUUCAGCAUUUUCAUGAAUUUCAGCACAAAAUUAUGAUCUAAUAUUGAUUUUUGAGUCAGAAGGGGUCUGGAUCGAGUCCUCACACCUCCUAACAUUUUUUUUUUUGAAAAAAAAAUCAUUCCUGAUCAAUUUUUCACGCUGAAAAUGAUGGGAUUGCUCAUUUUAACUAAAAUUUUCGAUUUCAGCACAAAAUUUCAGCCUAGAAACUUGAAUUCUAGAAAUUUUUGAGAACAUUUAAUUUCAGCUCAAAAAUUGACUUCUAGAUCUGAAUUUUGUGCUGAAAAUCGUGGAAAUCUUGAAUUUCCAGCAUUUUCAUGAAUUUCAGCACAAAAUUAUGAUCUAAAAGUAUUGAUUUUUCGGGUCAGAAGAGGUCUGGAUCGAGUCCUCAUACCUCCUAACAUUUUUUUUGAAUUUUUUUGAAAAAAAACUUUUUCUGAUCAAUUUUUCACGCUGAAAACGAUGGGAUUGCUCAUUUUAACUCAAAUUUUCGAUUUCAGCACAAAAUUUCAGCCUAGAAACUUGAAUUCUAGAAAUUUUUGAGAACAUUUAAUUUCAGCUCAAAAAUUGACUUCUAGAUCUGAAUUUUGUGCUGAAAAUCGUGGAAAUCUUGAAUUUCCAGCAUUUUCAUGAAUUUCAGCACAAAAUUAUGAUCUAAAAGUAUUGAUUUUUCGGGUCAGAAGAGGUCUGGAUCGAGUCCUCAUACCUCCUAACAUUUUUUUUGAAUUUUUUUGAAAAAAAACUUUUUCUGAUCAAUUUUUCACGCUGAAAACGAUGGGAUUGCUCAUUUUAACUCAAAUUUUCGAUUUCAGCACAAAAUUUCAGCAUAGAAACUUGAAUUCUGGAAGUUUUUUGAAAAUAUUUAAUUUCAGCUCAAAAAAUGCUUCUAGAUCAGAAUUUUGUGCUGAAAAUCGUGGAAAUCGUGAAUUUUCAGCAUUUUUAUGAUUUUCAGCGCUGUUUCCGUCAAUUUUCCCGCAAAUGGAAUCUGGAGCGACAUUCUGGAUUCUGUGAAGCCGAAUUUCGUCUGAAAUGUCCGAAAUGCUCAAAAAUCUACAAAAAAUCCGCGUAUUUGGCUAAACAUUUGAGAAAAUGCCCGGAAAAAGAUGAAAAUCCCGAAAAUUCCAAGAUUCUGGAGAGCUUUGCCGAAAAAUCGACGGAUUUACGCAAACUCAAAAUUCCCUAUGAAGUUGGAGCGGUUAUUUAG